CGACGUCACCCCCCUCGCUCUCCCUCUCUCUCCGCCCCCGACGCCGCAAGAUGGAGGCGGCGAGCGCCUGAGCCGCUGCGGAAACCCACCCCCGCCCACCGCCCGUCCCGCACCAUGGAGCCGAACAGAUGUCCCUGAAAGACUCAUGUGUCUGAAAGAGACUACGAUGGAGAAAACGUGGAAGUCAUGGACCUAUGUCAGGAAAUGGCUGAUUGUCUUGGUGUCAUGGUCUUGGAGUUUAUGCCGGAUUUCUCUGCUAGCUUUGAUUUUGACCUUCCACUUAUAUGGAGGCAUCCUUUUGCUUUUUUUGAUCCUUGCCUCAGUUGCCGGUAUAUUGUAUAAAUUUCAAGAUGUACUCCUCUACUUUCCAGAACAGCCACCUUCUUCACGUUUGUAUGUUCCCGUACCUACUGGGAUCCCACAUGAAAACCUUUUUGUGAAAACCAAAGAUGGAAUCCGACUUAACAUAAUUCUGUUGAGAUAUACUGGAGAUAACGCAUCAUAUUCACCAACCAUCAUUUAUUUUCAUGGGAAUGCUGGUAAUAUUGGUCACCGGAUACAAAAUGCUCUGUUGAUGAUGGUCAAUCUGAAAGUUAAUGUAUUACUUGUAGACUAUAGAGGUUACGGAAGGAGUGAAGGGGAACCGAGUGAGAAAGGCCUUUACUUGGAUUCAGAAGCUGUCUUGGAUUAUGUCAUGACCAGACCUGAUCUUGAUAAAACAAAAGUAAUCUUAUUUGGUCGCUCCUUGGGCGGCGCAGUGGCUAUUCACUUGGCCUCGGAGAAUCCACAUCGCAUCUUUGCAAUUGUUGUUGAGAACACAUUCCUCAGUAUCCCACACAUGGCCAGCACUUUGUUCUCCUUCUUUCCCAUGCGGUAUCUCCCACUCUGGUGCUACAAGAAUAAAUUUCUGUCCUAUAACAAGAUCGCACAGUGCAGGAUGCCAUCGCUUUUCAUUUCUGGAUUGUCAGACCAGUUAAUUCCUCCAGUCAUGAUGAAACAACUGUGUGAGCUGUCAACAUCACGGACUAAGCGAUUAGUCAUUUUCCCAGAUGGAACUCAUAAUGAUACCUGGCAGUGCCAAGGCUAUUUUGCUGCUCUUGAACAAUUCAUCAAAGAGUUAUUACAAAAUAAUUCACAUGAAGAAGUAAAAUCCACAUCUAAUGUAACAAUAAUAUAAUUUUUUUUCUGUAUUUGAUGUAAAUUUGAAAUGUUUAAGUACAGAAAUGGCGAGGGUUAACAUGGGAAGCUAUUGGCUGUUUUAUCACCAAAGGUGGAAUUUUUAUUACAUGUUUCAGUGCAUGAGAAAAGUAUACUGAUGUUUCCUACACAGCUCUGUUGAUCUGAUCAGCUAAGUUGUUCAAUGCUGUAAUGUAAGAAGGUUUCCUUUAAUGAGCACCAUAUGAACGAAGCAUCACUUUAUUUAUUCCCCUUUUGAAUUAAAAUGUUUUGAUUUUCUGUGAGAAA